AUGGCGGGCUUAAGAGCGCUUCUCGCUCGUCCACGCUGGAUCCUGACAAUCGGUGCCCUUACGUUUAUUGCUCUUGUCGCCUUGAUCUAUAAGGGCCGGGGGCACGAUGAACAAGGCCAACUUGCGUUCCCGCUCGCAGGAGGAUCGUAUGCGACAUCGAUAUCGUCCAAGGACUUUGUCAAGCCUUCAGGUGUCAAGGUUGUCGCCCUGGUCUUUUAUGGCCGGAAGAAUCGCGUGGAAAUGCUGAGAUGUUAUCUUGAGCGAAACCUCGUUGACAACGGAGGCUGGCUAGAUGAGGUCCAUUGGGUCUUAAACACCGGCAAAGAGGACGACCUGGAGUAUUUAGAGGAAAUCCUCGCCAGUGAACCCCGGUACAAGAAAAUUGACCUCAGCGACGAAGGUAUUGGCUUUGAAGGCUAUGGCCACGCUUGGGGCCAUCUGGAGCGCGAUUGCUACUACGUCAAGAUUGACGAUGAUGUCGUCUUCAUGGCAGAUGAUGCUAUUCCGCGCGUUGUUAGCCUGAAGCUUCAGCAUCCGAAAUACCUGGUGACUUCUGCCAACAUGAUCAACUCGCCACUGAUGGGCUGGGUACACUACCGGACGGGUGCUAUGCACCCAUACCUCCCAGAAUUCGAUCGAUGGGAGCCACCGAUCCUUUCGUUCGGCAAGCGAGUGUCGUGGAAGUGGGACGCAUACCCGAAAUGGACCGGUCCGGACGACUACUAUUUUGACUGGACUCAAGAUUCGCCUUACAAGGGUCACCGCUGGCUACGACUUCCGGACGAUACGGACAUCUACCGUACACCCGUUGCCCAGAUAGAGUAUGCAACUUGGGGAACUGGUGUCUUAUCAUGGGGUAUCGCUGCCCAAGAACACUAUUCCUUCCUGGAGAACCUGGCGACCGAGAAUCUAGACGCCUACAAACUCCACAAAACCUGGAUCACGGACUAUAAGCGACUGAGUAUCAACUUUAUCUGCGUCUACUCGAACGAGGUCCUCGACAACUUGCCAAUGGACACGGUAGACGAGGAAUGGCUGACGGUGAAUCUACCCAAAAAGCUGGGUAAAAGUGUUGCUGUUGAGACAGACGCGCUGGCCGUACACUUCACUUUCGGAGGCCAAGGUGUUGUGCAGGAGACUGACCUCCUCCUACGUUACCGAGACUAUGCGAUGCAGAACGCUUGUCGACGAAAAGUCGACCUCAAUGCUGGCAGCACGAGCUAG